UUUUGAGUUUUUGACUAAUGAUUUGUUGCUAUGUUCAGGAGGAUCUAUGGUUAUCUUCUUUUCCUGUCGGUACUGAGUGGGAAAACAUUGAUAAGAUAAAGGAGUUCAACUGGAGCUUUGAAAAUUUAGAGAAAGCCUUAGAAGAAGGGGGCGAGCUUCAUGGUAAAACAGUUUAUCUGUUUGGAAGCACUGAGCCCCAACUAUUGGAUGUUAAUGGCGAAUCAAAGAUAGUGCUUAUUCCAAUUGUAGUUGCUGUAGACUGCCCUUUCCCUCCAUCAGACAAAAUUGGCAUAAACUCUGUCCAAAGGGAAAAUGAGGAAAUAGUGCCAAUGAAGGCGAUGAAGAUGGCAUGGGUGCCUUAUGUUCCCCUUGAGGACCGGCUUAGCAGGAUUGACAGUUUGAAAACAAAAAUAUUCACUCUCGGAUGCACGCAGCGGAGGUCUGCACUGAAGCAUCUCAAACACACGUGGUAA